AAAGAAUAUUAAUAACAAACACACAUCAAUGAAGGCAUUAAUAUUUACAUAGAUAUGAAUAUAUUUUCUAUAGUUAUAGGACAAAACUAAGAAAAUGUUGCAAAUUACGCCAAAUUUUUGUCGAAACUAGUAAAGCUAUGUUUACAUCCGGCAAUGCAGUAACCGUAUUACGAGCUAGGGAACCCGAACUUAUGAAGAGUAAAAUCAAGUAAAAAUUCAAUAUCGGUCAUCAAUAAAAGUCACUUUGACGUUACAAUGUUUCGGCACGAAAAUCGUAAGAAAGCUAGAGGUUCCAGAAAAUUAUCUACCUAUUUCAACUACCUUCAAGAGAGAUGGGGAAAGUCGGAGGUUAUUCAGCACGUAUGCAAUUUAGCGGACCAACAGAAACAGACCGAAAUAGUAAACGAAAUCAUCGACAGUGGUAUUUUUAUCAAUGCGAGAAGGAAAUUUAGGAAGUUAUUUAUGAUCAGCCAGAGGCAUCCGUAUACGCCUAGAAUUUUCAGAUCCAAAACCGAGAUUCGCCAGGAAGAAGUCCGACAUUUAGUGUUGUACAAGUUCAUGAUGCAUCCGUUCAGCGUAGGAUGUUUAUACUGGGAUUUUUUCUACGCCGCCGCACUUUUGGUUUACUACUGUAUUAUUUUGCCAAAAGAUUUUGUUUUGGUACGGUUUUACGUUGAAAUAAAGUGGGCUAAAUUUGCAUUCGAUCUAAUUACGAGCAUCGAUAUAUUCCUCAACCUCUUUCGUGGAUAUUACGACCGCAAUAAGGUGAAGGUAAUUAUGAAGCCUAGGAAAGUUGCAAUACAUUACUUGACAACGUAUUUCGCAUGGGAUGUGUUAUCCUGUGUGCCAUCUUACUUAAUUUACUGGUAUAUAACCGCCAGAGGCCCAAGUCCAAUUGGAUUGACGAAGUGGCUGAGCUUAUUUAAAUUAUGCCGAGUACCAACCGUGGAAGCUAGCAUGGAAAAAUAUAAAUUUUACGCAGGAUAUUCCUCCACUUCGUUCGAGAUAUCAAAAUUGAUUUUCCGCGUAUACAUUUGCAUAUUAUUCUUCAUAAGCCUAAUAUGCUUUAUAAAGCAAUACAAAUAUACCAAUUUGUAUAUAUCCAGGCAUGAAGAUUUAAUUGGCGCCCUAGAAAAUAUGUAUUACACUGUGACGCUAACGUUUGGAGUGGGUUACAUGAGAAAGUCAGAAAACUCUUUCGAAGCUGUCGCAGCUAUAGUUAUUUUAAUGAUAGGCAUACUGUUGCGACUGUAUGUCAUAUCCCGAAUUUACAUUCUUUGGCAAAGAUUCGUGAUCACUUCGGAUAUGAGCGAGGACUUGUCGCAACAGCUUCACUCGUUCAUGAAAUACAAAGCUUUACCGGUAGAUUUGCGAGCUGAACUGCACAGCUAUUUCGAUUUUCGAUUUCAAAAGCAGUUCUUCAACGACGCGAAGAUAUUAGAUAUGUUCUCGUUUAAUUUGCGACAGGAAAUUCCAAAAUUUAAGUUACAAACAUGCAUUGUGGACGUGCAGUAUAUGAGAAUAAUGCCCAGUCACGUGUUGAAUAUCGUUGUCGCCAGCAUGAAGCGAAAAUACUAUAUGCCGGGAGAUGUCAUCUUCAAACCGUCUCCCCAAGGAGAAAAUUUUUAUUAUAUACGAAUUGGCACCACUGCAUUGUUCGAUGAGAAUGGUUCAGAGGUUUGUCAUUUAGAAGAUGGUCAGAACUACGGCGCAUGUGCGGCAGUUUUAGGUGAAGUACGCAAGAUGACUCUUGUGGCUGUGUCUCCUUGUGAAGUGUUCAUGCUACGAAAACGGGAGCUUAUGAGAGCUUUAGAUCCAUUUCCGGAAUUAAAAGACUACGUCGUUGAAAUGGCUCUGAAAAUGCUCAAAGAGAACGCCAAGACCUUUUCAUUUUAGUGCAACAUAUUUUUUUUAUCGCACAUUUCUCUAAAUAGAUGUUUGUAGGAUUUCAUUAAUUGUUAUUGAAUGUAUUACAAAUAUGGCCUUUUAUAAACUAAAUAUACCUAGAGCAGAGAAAACCAUGCGACGGUUAAGUGGUUUAAAAAUUUGUCCAACAUAUCUUUAUC